AUGUUCAGAUCCUACGCCAGAGUCCCAUUGAGAACAGCCUUCAGAAACUACGCCACCUCGGUGGCCAAGUUUAACGGUGUCAAGAACGCCAACGGCAAGUACACCGUCACCUUGAUCGAGGGAGACGGUAUUGGUAUUGAGAUCUCUGAGGCCGUCAAGCAGAUCUACUCUGCCGCCAACGUCCCUGUCGACUGGGAGCCUGUUGAUGUGACCCCAAUCCUUGUCAAUGGCAAGACCACCAUUCCACAGGCUGCCAUUGAGUCCGUCAACAAGAACCUCGUCGCGUUGAAGGGUCCUCUCGCUACUCCAGUCGGAAAGGGUCACGUUUCCCUCAACUUGACCCUCAGAAGAACUUUCAACUUGUUUGCCAAUGUUAGACCAUGUAAGUCUAUCGUUGGUUACGAGACCCCUUACGAGAACGUCAACACCGUUCUUAUCAGAGAGAACACAGAGGGUGAAUACUCCGGUAUCGAACACACCAUUGUUCCAGGCGUUGUCCAGUCCAUCAAGUUGAUCACCCGCAAGGCUUCCGAGAGAGUGAUCCGUUACGCUUUUGAGUACGCCAGAUCCAUCAACAAGCCCCACAUCCUGGUGGUCCACAAGGCCUCUAUCAUGAAGCUUUCCGAUGGUCUUUUCGUCAAGGUUGCCGAGGACCUGGCCAAGGAGUACCCAGAUGUCAAGGUCUCGUUCGAGAUCCUCGACAACACCUCCCUGAAGCUGUGUACCGACCCAUCUGACUACAAGGACCUCGUCAUGGUCAUGCCUAACUUGUACGGUGACAUCAUGUCCGACUUGUCCUCCGGUCUGAUCGGUGGUCUUGGUUUGACCCCAUCUGGUAACAUGGGUGACAACGUUUCUAUCUUCGAGGCUGUCCACGGUUCUGCCCCAGACAUUGCCGGUAAGGGUCUUGCUAACCCAACUGCCCUGUUGCUCUCUUCGUGUAUGAUGUUGAGACACAUGUCUUUGAACGAGUACGCCGACAAGAUCGAGGGUGCCGUUCUUAAGACCAUUGCCUCUGGUCCAGAGAACAGAACCAAGGACCUCAAGGGUUCCGCCUCGACCUCCCACUUCACCGAGCAGGUCAUCAGCCACUUGUAA